AUGACAGAGCUGGCGUCCCCGGGGGGCGGGUCCCCUGCGGGGGACGGGGAGGAGGGUCUGGGGGACGAGCGAGGCCUGGUCAUCCACCACCCCGCGGAGGAGCAGCCUCACCGCUGCCCACUGUGCGGCCAGACCUUCUCGCAGCAGCCCAGCCUGGUGCGGCACCAGAAGGCGCACGCUGGGGUGGGCCGCGCGGCCGCCUUCGUGUGCCCCGAGUGCGGCAAGGCCUUCAGCGUCAAGCACAACCUCGAGGUGCACCAGCGCACCCACACCGGCGAGCGGCCCUUCGCCUGCCCGGAGUGCGGGCGCUGCUUCAGCCUCAAGCAGAACCUGCUCACGCACCAGCGCAUCCACAGCGGCGAGAAGCCGCACCAGUGCGCGCAGUGCGGCCGCUGCUUCCGCGAGCCGCGCUUCCUGCUCAACCACCAGCGCACGCACGCGCGCAUGCCCGCGCCGCACCCGCGCCGCCCCGGCGUGUUCGGGGAGCGGCGGCCCUACUUCUGCGCCCGCUGCGGCAAGAGCUUCGCGCGCGAGGGCUCGCUCAAGGCCCACCAGCGCAGCCACGGCCACGGGCCCGAGGGCCCGGCGGCCCAUUUAGGCCGCGUGCUCUGA